UUCCACUUGGAAAGGUUUUCAAUUUGCUCACGACGAUAUAUCCCCCGUAUCCAAGGGGAACGAUAUAUAUGCUUUCCUCUAGCGUGCAUUAGCUCUACUACGAUGCAGCGAUCGCGUCCCCCAUAUGGCGUUCGCCUAACGCGCCACCAGGACCACACGCUCGGGGAAGUGCCCUUUAAAGCGCGACCCCUAACAACGGACCGCGAAGUUGUUCAGCGAAGCGUAUCCUGGGUCGGGUGCGCAGCUGGCCGUGCCUUACUGUGUUGCGUGAAACGAGUGGGACCCCUGGUCGCAGUACAGAAAGGAUACAGCCACACAAGCAGACGUUCGGGGGAGUCUGUUUGAUCGAUACGGUUCCGUUCGACAGUCGCCUAGUGUUUUAACGUGUUUUCUUUCCUGUGCGCUCUGUCUGCUUUCUAACAAAGUCCGUUGCCACCACCAUGCACCGGUCGUCCUUAGCAGCAUAUUGCAGUCCUUAGUAGCCAGGUUUGAUCGCUAGGCGUCAGUAGCCGUCCUGGGCUUGGUGCAUUCGUUUCUGUUUCCUGACGACCGACCGACCGGCGUUUGCUGUUUUGUUUUUCGCUAAUUGUGCUUAUCAACAAUAUAUACAAUCGUAGCAAUACACCGUGUGUGUUUCCCCGUGUACUCCUCGCGGCAAGGUUCGUGUGUGUGUGUGGAGCAAUUGUGAUGUGUUGUUUCUAUCCUUACGGGAAAAUAAGAGAAUUGGAGAGGACGAGGAUGUGAAAAUAUAACAUUCAUUUCAAAACCUUGUGCUGAACAAAACAAAAUCAGAAAUUUCUUAGAACCAAUAAAAGUACAGUUAGUACAAUAAAACAGCAAUUUCAGAAUUGUUAUGCAAAUCAAAAUCAAACUUUAACAAUUCAAUUAAUUAUUCUAUGUUCCAUGCAAAGCCAUUCUGCCAUAGCUCAAGUUGACAUUAGUUCUUAAAGCUCUCAAUAGAUGGCGUACAUGGAUUUUUUCCAACAGUCUGAGAGCAUAAUUUUCCUAUCCAUCUCAAGAGGGAGAGAAAGAGAACAUUAGGCAUCGAAACAAAGAAACAAACCUACAAAACUUAUCAUUCAAACUAGAGUAAUUUCGCUCGUCAAACGAAGCUAGUAACAAUUACCAUAAAAGCAUCAGUACCAUUUCACUCUCCAAAACCUCCAGUGAUAUCUGUGCCGCCCAGCCAUUCUUGAACAACAUUUCAUAUCAACGCUUAACCCCGUUAUCAUCAACGACAAACUUUCAGCUAUCGCAUGUUAUAGAGCGAGCGACCAGGCAGGUCCUGACACACUUUACAGGGAAGAUUAACAGAUUAACUAUUUAACCGGCUGCUCUCCUAGUGCCCGAGAGUACUAUUUAUGCACAGCAGAACCCGCAUUGAUAUUUUAACACCAUAAAACAUGGCGACACGUUUGGCAGCGCAGCGAAACUUUAUUGCCGUGAUUCCCGCCGUAAGCGGUGGGUCUGCUUCCGUAACAGUCGAGCCUGCUGGCGAAGGAGGAACCACAGCAGUACAGAAACCCGUCACUGAAACCGCUGAGACCGAAGGCACAGCGAACGGUACUAGUCAAACCACGGCCGAGGUAGUAACGGUCAGUGUGGCAAGCUCGUCCCCAACCGUGAUGGCUUCCCGCCCUAGUGCAAAUUCGACACAGCUACCCACAAUCACCAUUGCCGGUGGUGGGCUGAAAAAUGGAAACGCGAAAGGAUCGCUCGUGCCGACUGCCCUGCUGGCAAACAAUUCCAACAUCAUGAACAUCCUGAGUAACGCGAAUGGACUGUCGUUGCAACAAAUCAUUCAGCAGAAGAAAAUUGUGAUAAACACAAACGGUACGCUAAUCGACCUAGUACAGUUGAAUGACGAUAAUGAAAGUGUCGAGAUCAAAGCCGACGGUGAGAAGCUGCUGGACAGUUCGACUGCAAACGAAAGCGUGGAAAGUGGUAGCUCUGGUUCGGAAGCCACUGCAGACGAGACGCCACAGGUGGCCGUCGUGCAGAGUCCAGGCGGUGGUACGCCUCAGUACAUAACCGUAACAGUUUCCUCACCCGAUAGCGUGCCCAACCAACACACCUACGUGCAGUAUGUCGACUCGGACAUGUACAACACUUCCGGCCAGGGACAGACGCAAAUGUCCUAUCCCGUGUACACCGUUGGGGAUUACGGCACAAAUGGGCAGCAGCAGCAACAGCAGUACUACACCACGGGCGGAACCUACGGUACAGCGGGUGCUGGCACGGGAAGCACUCACACCGACACUACCGGCAACGGCACCAGCAACGGUACCGGCACCACCGGAACUGGCCCGAACGGCGUCAAUGGCAGCGUAUCGUCCGGCAACGGCGGUUCCGCUGCCGGCAACGCUAAUCAGCAGCAGUACAUUGUGCCCGUGGAUGAGUCGGUCCUGCUCGGCAGUGCCGGCAGCGGGAACACUUCCGGUACGCAACAGCAGCAGUCCGAUUCGUCGCCACAAAACAUGACGGACGUAGCGUCCUACUUGCACGCGCACCAAACGGCGUCCGCUGGUCAGGAGCUCGACUCCGCGCCCAAUAUGACCCACGCGGCCCGCGUACUGCCCGCCACGGUGAGCUGGCUGAUGGAGAACUACGAAACGGCGGACGGUGUCAGCUUGCCGAGGUCGACACUGUACAACCACUACAUGUGGCACUGCAACGAGAACAAGCUGGACGCGGUGAAUGCGGCCAGCUUCGGCAAGCUGAUCCGUUCGGUGUUUAGCGGGCUGCGGACACGCCGGCUGGGCACGCGGGGCAACAGCAAGUACCACUACUACGGCAUUCGCAUCAAACCGACGUCUCCGCUGGUGCAUGCGAUCGAGUGUAAGCCUCAGCACGGUUCGGGCGGUGUUGGCGGGCUCGGCGGAAUGGUUGGUCAUCAUCAGCAGCUGGGUGGAAGCAACGGGCUCGGUGGCGGAAAUGGAACGGGCGGCAACAAUGGGAUGCAUGGCCACGCCGGUGGCGGCAAUCACGCGAACGGACUGCACGGCAGCAAUGGCAGUUCCAUGGCGCACGGUGGUGGUGGUGGUGGUGGUGGUGGCGGCGGUGGCCAUUUACAGCAAGGUGUGGUUGGUGGUGCAAAUGGUGGCGGUGGAAGUGGAGGCGGCCAUGGUAUGGCGAUGCACCAUGGUCGUGGUAAGAAGAACAGCUUCAAAGCGGAAAUGCCCGAGUCCUGUGCGCAGUAUCUGGGCGAUCCGAACGGUGCCAUACCGCAGUUUCCGAUCAUUGACAUGAUUCAUCCCCUGCCGGACGAUAUCACAAUGGAGGACGUGGACACGCUGCGCUCGAUCUACCGCGAGCACUGCGAGGCGUUCCUGGAUGCUAUCCUGAACCUGGACUUCAACAUGAUCGAAUCGCUGUGGCGCGAGUUUUGGCGCGCCGAGAACAACAACAACAACGGGGACGAGUGCGAGGAGGAAAAGUAUCUCAGCAAGCAGAAGCUGUACCUGCUGACGCAGUGCGAACCGGUGCAGGAGUUUGUCAAGCACGUCGACCUCCAGUUCUACCAGAGCAUGGUGGACGUGCUGAUCCCGGACGUGCUGCGACCGAUACCGACCGGGCUGACCCAGGCGAUUCGCAACUUUGCGAAGAACCUCGAGAACUGGCUUACGUCGGCGAUGGGCGGCUGCCCGGAGCCGAUCGUCGCGAUAAAGCUGUCGGCGGUGGCCGCCUUUGGGCAGACGCUGCGCCGCUACACCUCGCUCAACCAUCUGGCGCAGGCGGCCCGGGCCGUGCUGCAGAACGGCACGCAGAUCGCCCAGAUGCUGAGCGAUCUGAACCGGGUCGACUUCCGCAAUGUGCAGGAGCAAGCCUCCUGGAUCUGCCAGUGCGAUACGGCGGUGGUGCAGCGGCUCGAGAACGACUUCAAGGCCGCCCUGCAGCAGCAGAACACGCUCGAGCAGUGGGCGGGCUGGCUGCAGAACGUGGUCGAUGACGCGCUGCAGGAGUACCGGGGCAAGCCGAGCUUCGUGCAUGCCGCCAGACAGUUUCUGCUCAAGUGGAGCUUCUACAGCUCGAUGGUGAUCCGCGAUCUGACGCUCCGGUCGGCCGGCAGCUUCGGCAGCUUCCACCUUAUACGGCUGCUGUACGACGAGUACAUGUUCUUCAUCAUCGAGCAUAAGGUGGCGAAGGCGACCAACACUACGCCGAUUGCGGUUAUGGGAGAGAAAAUCAACUCGCGCCCCGUACAAGACGAUCUGGACCGGAUGCUCUACACCAGCGAGUACGGUAUGGUCAACGUGAAGCUGGAGCCGAGCGCGAAACGGAUGCGCAGUUAGUCAAUUAAACGCGAAACCAUGUCCACCUUCAGCGGUGGCACUGGCUGAAGUAGUGCGGCCCGGCCGGUGGAUGGUGCCGAUUUGAAGCAUUCCGUUUUGUGUAGCGUCGCUGUAGCCAGCUUUCACUGUGUUUGUGCUGUAGUGCAUUUACGGACAUACGGUUUCACGCGACCGCGCAGUCAGUCGCGAAGCGCCUACGACUUUUGUAUAGAGGACCGUUUCCCGAGAUUUGAUUGUAAGCCAUUCCUACAUCCCAUGUAUGUUUAAUUUAGCCGUUCAGAGGGGGGAAACGUGACCACAUUUAUGGGCGCCAGUUUACGGUUCGGCUCGAUCGUCCGUUUGGGUCCGUAGAUCGUGAUCGAAACGGCAUUAAAAAACUAGCGGGUUUCACUUAUUCCGAUAAAGAUAGAAAUUAUUUAUUAUUUAUUUUGACCGCCCUCCGGUAAUCCUUUCCACGCGGAAAUGACCCAACUGGAGGGUACGACUCUAGAAGAAAGCAGAGAGCGAGAGCAGGGCUUUGCGUUCCGUUACGGUUUAUUUUCUUUUUCCCUCAUACCAUUCUCAAGCACAAAUGUAAGGAAAAAUACAGAACAAAUAGUAGCGCAGGGGGUGCGUGAGUGCGUGGGGCAUGGGGGGUCAUAUUUAUAUAAGUGCACGCGCACCGUACCGGCAUGUACCGAAAUGAAACGAGCUAUAGAGACACGUAUCUGCCCGAACUGGGCUGGUGAGAAAUGGAAUUGAAUGUAAGUUAGUUCUACUUGUUACUACUAUACAUAGCGUGUGUGCGUGUUAUUUUCUGCCAUACCACUCGUGGCGAUGGUUUAUUCAUCGCUUCCGGGAAAGGGGAGGAGAGGAGGUGGGUGGGAAUAUUGUUGGACCGUUUUUUUUAACAAAAGCCACGACAACAAACAAACUAAACUGACAAAAGAAAUGGGUUUUCAGAUCGCGAAAGAGAGUAUAGAUGUAUAUUUAUUGGCCAACCAACCGUCCGGGAAGGUUUGGUGGUUUUGCUGCUUCUGGGUCCCAAUUUUUAGUCUUUAGAAGUAACCAAGAAGAAAAGGUAGAUCAAAGCUUAACUAUGCAACUAUAGUUUGUAAAGCGAUAAAGGGACGAAAGCGAUUCAACCUGUUCGAUGGAUUAUAUUAAAUAUGUAUGUGCCUGUCUCGUGAUCAUCAGCAGAGAGAACAAAGCGAAACCCCGUAAAGAAAAGAAAAACAGAUAAAUUGUAGAGUAAUGUUGCAAAACUCCAAAUCAUUUAUAAAGGGAACAGGUGAAGAAAGAUAUCCUCCCUACGGGCGUAAAUGGCAGCGCAGAAUAAAUUACGCCGUUUGCCGCUAUUACUGGGGUAAGGAUCAAUUUUAAAACCAUUCAAAGUCGAAAAGGCGUUACCGUUUUUGCAUUAACAUAGACGUACGAUGUGUGUGUGUGUGUGUGUGCGUGUGUGCGAUGAUCUCGGCUUACAAAUCAAACAGUCCGCACGCGCAUGCCAAGGGAGGGAAGGGAAAUAUUUCGUUUUAACGAACGUCGCAUUCUGGGUCGUCCGCAUCCUGCGCCCUGCCCUGGAGCACGCGCACCGGAAUCGAUACCAUCUAGUCGCGAAUGUCAACCAAAUACGAAUGAUUAAAACAACUGAGCUGCUGGUACACGCUUGCGCUGAGUCAUAGGUGUGUAAGUGUAAUUUACCAAAAAUAAAUCUGAAAUGGUUUAACCUCUGGCUUAAGAAAAACGUAUAACAUGGGCAAAGUGGGAACAUAGUUUGGUGGUAAAAUAUUUACGAAUUCAAAGGGACAACCACGACCGUUUGAUGUCCGAAGUGUAGGGGAGAAGACAUGCAAUGUGCAAUUUUUGUUUUGCAAUUAACUGACGAGUGCACGGAGCAAAUAACAAAAGCAUAAAGAAUGGAAAAAGUCAAAAUUUACAACAAAAAAAGAUAGAUAUAAAAACAGAAACAGAACUGGACCGCUUAUCCGAUCGUUCUCUCCGCUCAGGUGCAACGUACGGGUGCACGUGGGGAAGGAGUAUCGUGUUGGGAGAACGAAAUAACGAUUGUAAAUUUUUUAAAUCAUUGCAAACAAACAAACUGGAACAAAACAAACAAAAACACAAACAAACGGAUGUGUAUUGCCGCUGAGGAUGCCGAAUGAUGAUUCCUUUGAAACUAUUUGAGUGAAAUAAAUAAAUAAUUACCAA